CCGGCACGAACGUGACGUGAAUUUGAAUGAAAAUGAAUUCUAGCGGAACUGAAACCAUCUGGUCCUUUUUCUACACGGAACAAAAACAUUGCAUCAAUUUUCAACAAGAGAGGCGCGAAGAGUAUUGCAGGUUGAUUAACUCGCUUAUGCUAAAUAAUAUCUGAUAUACAGUGUUUUAUCAAGAAGUCCACCAAAGAUGAAACGCCGCCGAAUGGCAGCGCUGGAGCCGUGGAUCGAGAGACUCGUCCAGAACUACGGCCAAAGCCGGAGUGAAACGACUAUAAAAGAUCAUGUUAUCGGCGUGUGUGAUUUAGCAGACUCGCAGCAGACGGAGCACACCGAUGCCUGUAUGAUGUUUCUGUCCGACGGGAGUGCUGUCAUUCCCGCGGCGCUCAGCGGAGCCGCAUGGGAGCGUCUGCAGGAGUCAGGGACCUAUUAAACCUCUGUUAUGACACCACUCACUACACACCUGAGCACGUUUUUAUCUUACUCAUCUGGAUAAUCAUGCCCUGUCUGGAACAAUGAAAGACAUGCAGAAAUAAGCGUAAUCUAGCUGUUUAAAGCAUUAAUUUGGGGGUCCUCUGCCUUUUAGCAAUGUAACCUUUUAUCGUUUGACUUGGAUUUUAUAGUUAUAUGGGUCAAGAACCGUUAAAAGCAGCAGGCACUAGUUUCAGUGCAGUGAAAGUAAUUCAAUCAAGUCAUCUGCUUCACCCAGUUAUGAUAGAGCUCUGUUCUCUCUUUAGUUUGGAGGAAAGAGAGUCCUUCUCAGGCCUGGUCAAUGCCAUUGUGUAUGUACGCAACUUCAAACUGGAUUUCCACAUGAACUCUGACCUGGCCUCUUGCCAGUUUUACUUGAAAGUCGAUCAAUUAAGCACCAUAUGCAUCGUCUCCAAACGCGACCAUCCACCCAGCUGCACAACACUCCCAUCAGUCAGAGAACAAAUAGUAAAGUCAUGGAGAUCCCUCAGGGAGAGUUCAGUCAACUCUGUGAGUUCAGUGUCUGGGGUCUCUCUCUCUUCUCUAUUGGGGGCGUGGCACAGUGACAUUAUAAUAAAUAUUCUAAAUGAUGCAGUGGAGAAAAUAACAAUGCGUGCGACAUAUUGUCCGAGUGUGGCAACACCUACUCACUGGCACCGAGAGAGGGUUCACUGGAGGGGACAGGAGCAGUUCAUUGUCUCUAUGCCUUUCCUUUUCAUCCCAGAGGAGCAGAGGGAGCUGAUGACAGCUGAUCCCAGUGCAGAUUGUGAGAGUGAAACUCCAAAUGGCUUGGCUCCGCCCCACGAAGAUUCAUAUCCCACCAGCACAUCAAGACCAAACCAAACAGUGGCUGCCCAGGACAGAAAUAGUGGCUCAUGUCCAGAUGAAGGACAGCCUACCCUGGAACACACAAGACAAGCGGUUUUGUGUGGAACAGGAGAGUUGUCUGGGGAUGUAGAAAGCCCAUGGGAUAUGUUCACUCCAGCACCAGAUCUAUUAGGCCAAGAGCCCUGUUCUCAGACGGAAAGCCAAUCACUUUUAAAAGAAGUUGAUCUGUUGUCUAUAGCAGCAAGCACCCAAGAAGUGGUGUCGGUGGAAGGCAUUACACUUGGUCAGAGAACGCAGCCAUCCCAGAUCAGUCCAUCCCACUCGAGUGGCAAGUCCAGCAGAGAGACUAGUCAAGAGGAAGACAAAGAAUAUAUGUUAAGUCCUCCUUCAUGGAUCGUCCAGAAUACAGCCCCACCCUCUAAACAGAGGUCCAUAGUGUCUCCACCCACCAAACCCAGCAAAACCAUUCCGACAGAGCAACAUUAUCUCAACCAAUGGCGUUUUGGGCAGACUAUCUGCUUGUCAAAUGGCAGCCUGGGGGAUUUCUCAGAAAACCUGUUUAAAAACGGUGCAUUCAGAUGGAAAGUCUUUUUCCUAUUUGUAUCAUCCUGCCCUCAGGUUGCUGUAGCCCUCAGCCAAUUCCAAAUCCCAGAGCAGCUUACACAGUGGGCGGUGCAUUAUCUGGGGACCUCUGACUGUGCAGAUGUCAACGCUGGAGCUGGUUCUUGAGGUGUUACCUCAAAUGACAUGUUUGUUUGUUUUUUGGGUUUUUUUUUUUGGUACAAACCUCUUUUUGUUUUUUGUAUUUAAAACUUUGGAUAUAAUCCAAAAGUAAUUGUAAAAUUGUUAAACAUACUUUAUUGUUAGUGGCUGCUGUUGUUUUAACUAACUGUAAGUAAAUUCAGGUUGGUCAUUUGUAAUUAAUGUUAAUAUUUCAAAUACUAUGACCUGUGUCACAAUUUGUAGUAUUUAAUCACAAUAUGACUUAUGUAAGCAUGUUUACCUCUUAAGCCAUAGUCUUAAUGGUUUGUACGAAGCAAAAACUUGUGAUAAUUUUAGAAGUCACAUAAUGGUGAAACUGUCAUAAUCAGGUCAGUGAGGUGACACUCAUUUCUUUGUUCGGACCUAAUGCAUCUUCUAUGCUGGACACGUUUUACAUUCCUGAAGUAAAAGUGAAUUAUUGAUCAUUUUGUGGUAAAAGAAAAAAGAAACGGGUGUAACCGCUCUGAGCUCGUAAUGAAGAGGACGGCUCAUUAAAAGGCUGAAAUUCUUGGGGGGAAAAACCUAAUUAAGCAGUUUGGCAUAACUUUGUUUAUUGUUGUUUUAAAACAAUAUUUGAAGGAAAAAAACAUUACAUGUCACUGUAGCUGGGCACAAUGAUGGUUAUUUCUAAUUCAAGGCUAUGCAGGAUGCAAAGAUUCAAUUUACUUUCACUUCCAGCUGGCUUGUUUUUUCCCCACUGUCUGUAAAGCUCAAAAUGUUUAGAUAAUCUGUUCAUCCUGUUUGUGUUUAUAAAGAAAUAUUAUAAUAAAAAAAUUCUGAAUGAACUGAAUCACUGUAACUGGACUUUCAAACAUAUGUCGCUGCCUCUUUGAUUGUUUUAAUGACAUUUUUGUGCUUUUCCAUACCUUGGAGACAUUUGAAUCAAAAUCCACACAGAAGAUGUGAAGAAGAAAAAAGUGUCUAUGACCAUAGUAAUAUUUU